GUCUAAAUUCUAACGUCAAAAUUACGCGCCAAAAUCCGGCUUGGAAGUUGAGAGUGCUCACUUAUUGUGAUCAAAUACUUGCGUGCCAAACUUAACAACUGUAAAAUACUGAUAAUUAGUGAUAAUGGAAGGAUUUGAUGAUCCCGGUGUCUUUUUCUCCGAUAAUUUCGGUGUAGAGGAGAAUGAAUCUCAAGAUCAACUUAACCUACAAGCAGUAAAAAAGAAGUUCAAAGAGUUCAUACGACAAUUCCACACUGGAAACUUUAAUUACAAAUACAGAGACGCCCUAAAACGCAACUACAACCUAAGUAAUUACUGGGUGGAGAUCAAUAUCGAAGAUUUAUCCAGUUUUGAUGAGGUUUUAGCUGAGAAAUUGUACAAAAAACCUACAGAACAUCUACCCAUAUUGGAGGAAGCAGCAAAAGAGUUGGCUGAUGAACUAACAGCACCAAGACCUGAAGGGGAAGAGAAAGUUGAAGACAUUCAAGUCCUGUUGUCUUCAGAUGCUCAUGCUGCUAAUCUCAGAGAGUUAAAAUCUGAAACAGUAUCCCGUCUUGUCAAAAUUCCUGGUAUUGUAAUAUCUGCCUCUGGCAUCAAGGCGAAGGCAACAAAGACUUCUAUUCAGUGCAGAUCAUGCCGCAAUAUUAUUCCAAACUUACCAGUGAAACCUGGAUUAGAAGGAUAUGUUAUGCCCAGAAAAUGCAAUACGGAACAAGCAGGUCGACCCAAGUGCCCAUUAGAUCCUUACUUCAUCAUACCAGACAAGUGCAAGUGCAUUGAUUACCAGGUACUAAAACUGCAAGAAGCUCCAGAAAGUAUCCCACAAGGAGAGAUGCCGCGACAUCUGACAGUAUACUGUGAACGUGUUCUGUGCGAACGUGUCGCUCCUGGCGCCAGAGUUACAGUUCUCGGCAUAUAUUCCAUAAAAAAAAUUGCUAAAAUUGGGAGGGAAGGUCGGGAGAAAGGCUCAGUCGGUGUCCGUUCCUCCUACCUCCGUGCGGUUGGUCUGACUGCCGAGGAAGGAGUCACUGGAGGUCUAAGACCAUUCACUGCUGAAGAAGAGGAGCAGUUCCGAAGACUGGCAGCAUCACCUGAUAUCUAUGAUCGUAUUGCGAUGUCCAUAGCCCCCAGUGUCUUUGGCGCUAUCGACAUGAAAAAAGCUAUUGCCUGCCUUUUAUUUGGUGGUUCACGCAAAAGAUUACCCGAUGGUCUAACUCGCCGAGGAGACAUUAACAUAUUGCUUCUGGGUGACCCUGGUACAGCUAAGUCACAACUACUAAAAUUUGUGGAGAAAGUCGCUCCUAUUGGUGUGUACACCUCCGGCAAAGGUUCCAGUGCAGCAGGUCUUACUGCAUCUGUAAUAAGAGACCCAGGCAGCCGUAACUUUGUUAUGGAAGGCGGUGCGAUGGUACUCGCAGACGGAGGUGUUGUAUGCAUUGAUGAAUUCGACAAAAUGCGUGAAGAUGACCGAGUGGCUAUCCACGAAGCCAUGGAGCAACAAACCAUAUCCAUUGCUAAGGCUGGUAUUACCACCACAUUAAACUCCCGCUGUUCAGUACUAGCAGCCGCUAACUCUGUGUUUGGUCGAUGGGAUGACACCAAAGCUGAUGACAACAUUGAUUUCAUGCCAACUAUUCUAUCAAGAUUCGACAUGAUAUUUAUUGUCAAAGAUGAGCAUGACCAAAACAGGGACAUUACUUUAGCUAAGCACAUCAUAUCAGUUCACAUGGGUGGUGACAGCGUAGAGCGUGAGACCGCGGCUGGUGAACUACCACUCGCGCUGUUGCGGCGGUACUCUGCCUACUGCCGAGCACGCUGUGGCCCGCGUCUCUCUGCCAGUGCCGCAGAAAGAUUACGCGCCCGAUAUGUCCUCAUGAGGACCGGAGCCUCACUGCACGAGAGACAAGUGGACAAACGCCUCUCCAUACCUAUUACAGUCAGACAACUGGAAGCUGUUGUCCGUAUAUCUGAAUCUCUUGCCAAGAUGCAACUGCAGCCUUUCGCUACAGAAGUUCAUGUCACAGAAGCACUACGAUUGUUCCAAGUGUCUACAUUGGAUGCAGCUAUGACUGGCAGUUUAGCUGGUGCUGAAGGUUUCACCACAGAAGAAGACCAUGAAAUGUUAUCGCGUAUUGAAAAGCAACUGAAGCGCAGGUUCGCAGUAGGUUCUCAAGUCUCUGAACAAACCAUCAUUCAAGAUUUCCUCAAACAAAAGUAUCCCGAAAGAGCGAUCCUCAAAGUUAUACACACUAUGAUAAGACGUGGAGAGUUACAACAUAGACUGCAAAGAAAGAUGCUGUAUAGGCUCUCGUGAUUUUUUUCUCUUUUUGUUAAGUACUACUAUUCGUAUUUUUUUACUGCAAGGAAAUAAAAGUUAAU